AUGCUUUUGAAAACACUGCUAUGGACUGCUCUUGUCAGCGCGAAGUGCUUUGAGCCCUCCAUCGCGCAUCCGCCUCCUGAAUACGACCCCAAGGACGCGCUCCUGCAGGAUGCAUUCUCCGAGAUCGACUCUGCGCUUACGGCAACCAUUGACGCGUCUGAGUACGCAUCGACGUCUUUCUCGGUAGCCAUCACCUCGUCAAAAGAAUUGCUGUGGUCUCGGCAUCAUACAGCCCGCGAGCGAAACACAACGCGUCCGGAUAUACCCGAGGUCAACGGCGAUGCGCUCUAUCGAAUUGCAAGCAUCACGAAGGCCUUCACCGUCCUGGGUGUACUAUAUCAGCAUGCGGCAGGCAACUUGAGCUUGGAUGAUCCCGUUGAUAAGUACAUCAAGGAAUUGAGAGACGAGCAGGAGGGUAGCAUACCGUGGAAGGACAUCACUUUGCGGAGUCUUGCUAGCCAACUGAGUGGUAUCCCGCGCGAAUGUAGGCGUUGCUUUACGCUUGAAGGUAUGCCAGCUGAUUCCCCCCCAGUCGCCGAGAGGGAUUUGAUCAACCUUGACGAGAUUGACCCUACCAUGCUGGGUCUCCCACCUGUGUCGCGGGAUGGCUUGAUCGACUGUGAUGAAUACUCGUCAAAUUAUGACAAACCGUGCACCGCUGACGAUCUACUAAAACUGCUCAAAUCGAAAGCACCCGUCUUUGCGCCUAACCAAAAGUCAACUUACUCGAACGUCGCAUUUGAGUUUCUUGGAGUUGUGCUGGAGAGAGUGACCAAACAGAGCUUCGAAUCUUAUAUAGAUGAAGCUAUUUUCAAACCUUUGAAGAUGCUCAAAAGUACCCUCUCGCUGCCCUCAGAUGAUACUGGUGUUAUUCCACUCGAGCCACAUUUUUGGGAUAUCGAUCAAGGCAUCCAAUCGCCUACUGGUGGAAUCUACAGCUCAACAAAUGACUUGUCCAAGUACCUUCGCUACGUAUUGACGCAUUACAAUGGCAUCACCCAUGCCGUGAACUGGUUCAACCCCGUCUCUCCCUCACAGGACCUGAACAGCUUUUACGGCAUGCCAUGGGAGAUCUUCCAGACAGAUCGCAUCCUGCAAGACUCCAGGCGGACCGUGCGAUUCAUCACGAAAGGAGGUAGCCUUCCAGGCUACUCAUCUGUCGUCAUGACAAUCCCAGAAUACGAUCUCGGUAUCACAAUUCUAGUCGCUGGCUCACGGGACUUGCUCCCCGAGAUCAAGGAGACUAUCUCAGUCGUGAUGGUUCGUGCCGCUGAGCAACUCGCUAUCCGUCAGCUUCAAGAACGCUACGCAGGCACAUAUAUUAGCACCAACUCAUCUCUCAACUCUUCCAUGACUUUCGUAGCCGACCAUCGCGGACUCGUCUUGACAGACUUUGUGUCCAACUCAACAGAUGUUCUCAACAGCAUACUGAUAACAUCUAUGGCUCCCAAAAAUCGGCCGUGGUACGCUCAACUUGUCCCCACGCUACUUUAUCAUGAGGAGAAGACGCAGCAGGGCGAAGAAUGGCGUGUCCUCGUGACGGAACAGCGUGUUGAAAGUAAAAACAAGAUCUGGGACGACUUUUGCAUGACUGACGUUGAGGUUCCAUUGUAUGCUGGUCUGCCAUUGAACGAGGUUGUGUUUUGGAAGAGUCAGGAAAGCGGCUUAUUCGAGAGUCUGGAAAUCUCUGCCUUCCGAGCGAACUUGACGAGGGUCGAGAAAGGACAUAAUUGGAGUCAAGAGGGGCAGGAAGUGAUAGAGAUGUUGGAGCUUUAA